CACAAAAAUGAGGAAAUUGAGGACUUUGAGGUUAAAAAUGGUGUGAAUCAAAACAACUAGUAACGUUAAUGAUGUCUGUAUUUUCCAAAGUACGAAACUUUGUCUCGAGGCAUCGCGGCAAAUUCAUUGUUAGCAGUAUUUUAAUUACAAGUUCCAUCAUUCUCACAAGAUAUGCACAACAAAAACUUAAGGACUGGCAAGAGAAAGAGAUGCUUGAAUUUUUGGAAAGGACCAGGAAACAACAACACUUUGAAAAUAUUGGUAGAACAUGUAAUCAAACGACUAUGAAUCUUGCUAGUUCUUUAGUAGAGGCAUUAUCCCAUGUUACUGACACAGAUAAAACAAUAGCGGAAUUACAAGCAAACACUGGUAAUAAGGUGAUAGUUUGGGAGACUUUGAAGAUUCAACUAUUCACAAAGUUAUGUUGUUUAAUAUAUGCAAUGUCAAUGCUUGUGAUUAUCCUUAGAAUACAACUCAGUAUCAUUGGUGGUUACCUUUAUAAAGAUCCAAGCUCGAUUCCAACAGAAAUUCAAGAAAAAUUUUUAACAUUGACACAAAAUUUGAUGAAUGAUGGACUGAAUAAGAUAUCAUCUAAAGUAACAGUAGUAUGUAAAAAUAUAUUAGGCCAAAUUGAUCUGAAGAAACCAAUGCGUUUAAGCGAUAUUGACGCAUUAUUUUGGUCACUUCAAGCAGCAAUAGGAGAUGGUGAAGACAACCCAAUUGAUAAUUUAAAAACCUAUAUUAAUCUGAAUUUUGAAGAAGAUAAAAGUUCAAGAAAUAUUUAUACAUUACUGCUUAGGGAUACUUUAGACUUGAUUGAAAGCGAUGAAGUGAAAUCUCUGACCACACAAUGUAUAAAUAGAGGCUUUACACAGUUAGCCGAUCAACUUUCUGAGUUUUUCAUAAAUAAUGGUCCAUCUAGUUCCAAGCAGAAUCCUGAGGAAGUUAAUUUAAAAAAACCAUUAGCUAAGCUUUUGCCGAUCAUUAAUGGUAUAUUAUCCAAAAAUUCAUUCCCAGACAAAUUUGUUCAGCAGUUAGUCUCAAAUGAGAGAUUACAUAUAUUUGGAGCCAAUAUUUAUGAAAGUUUAUUAUGAUUUAUGUAUUGAAUUAAAAUAAUUUGUUUAGUUGGUUUUGAUGUCGGUUAAUAAAUUAUUCUGUUAGAA